UUUUAGUAAGAGAGUUCUCAUACAAUUUUUGGUAUUUAAAGUCAAUACAAUAAUUAAAAAUUUUAAUUAAGUUCAAAAAUUAAAUUGAAGAAGUAAAAAUUAUAAAUCAUGAAUUAUGUAAAUUAUUUUACUUUAGUGUUCAUCAUCUCAGCCACAACAUCAAUUACUUUUUGUGAUGAUGUUAAUUCACAACUAGAUUCAUCAGAAUCUACAAAAACGGCUGAAAAGUCAUUUUAUGGAUCUUACAGAUGGGAAGAGAUGCGCAUAAAUUAUGUUCUACCAGAAGACGUGGUUUAUGGAGGUCAAAAUGCUGGACUUGAACCACUUUUUGUUGUCAGAGGUAAAAGCAAUAAUUAUAAUUAUUUUGGGAAGUUGCCGAUGCCAUACAGUACCAGGGAUGCUUAUUUAACAAAUGAAAGUCGAGAAUUCGCUACAAAAGAUUUUCACAUUUUGACUGCAAAAGGCUAUUCAUAGUGUAGACCAAAUUCUUUUGCCAGCUCUGCAACUAUAAUCAAUCCAAUUUGUAGAGCUCGUUAUGAAGGUUUCCUCACGCCAGGAACUCUCGCAAAUAAUAAAUGUAGAGUUGGCUGGGGAUGGAAAACUAAUUUUUAUGAAGACUUUGAAGUACUGAUUCUUGGUGCUGGAUGUUCAUAAAAAAGAGUCAUUUCAACAAAAUAGUUGAUGUUUAAGUAGAAUGAGAUAGAAGAAUUUUGAUUCCUGCAUGCAUAGGCUUGGUUUUUCAGGGGACAGUCCUUUAUAUUUUUUAAUUUUUCAAUAAUAAAAUAU